ACUGAAAAUUUCUCAUCAUCAAAACAUAUCCACUUCAAAAAAAUAGACCACCCAUCAAAGAGAACACCAGGUUUUCCAUGGACAAUUCUCAAAAUUAUUCAUCUAUUAGUUGUGAAAUACAAAUAAUAAGAGCAAGAAACGUUGAGCAAAUAAGAUACUUAGGAGGUAGUUUGUUUGUUAGAUGCUAUCUUUCCGCAGGAGAGAAGCAAAGAGUUCAAAUAAAAACCCAAGAAAUCCUAUCAAAGUCUGACUUGUCAUGGAACGAGUCUUUCUCAUUGGAUUGCUUGGGCAUUGAAGAAUCAAUUAAUCUGCUCAAGCAAGGAAGUGUAGUCUUCGAACUUCACUCAAGAAAAGUUGUGCCAGUUUUUGGUAAAGUUGGUGGCUCAAAAAUCAUGGGAAGGGCUGAAGUUCCAUGGAAAAGUGUAUUUGAGUCAAAAAAUAUGGAGAUUGUGGAGUGGGCAAUAAUCAUGGAUUCAAACAAGAGAAAUUUGCAUGAAGAUGUGAAGCCUAUGGCAGUGCAAAUAUCAAUGAAGGUUAGUGUAAAAGAGACAAAAAAAGUGAAGAGAAAUGACAGUACCAUGGAUAAGUGUGGUUGCAUGGACUAUUGCGGGUGUAAUAGUACCAUAUUCUGUGCUGAAGAUAAUGAAGUAUUUGCACUUGGAGCUGCUCUAGAUGCCUUGUAAGACAAAGACUGCAAAAAAUCGCUAGUUACUAAUGGGGUUUGAACCCUUCAACUCAAUUGUGGAAGGCAGUAAAUUCACUAAGUGAGCUAUCCUUCAACCACACUAAGUUGCUUUAGGGUAGGUCCAGUAGGAUAAAUGUUUUUUUUUUCCGUGACUUAGGCUACUAGCUAGUUUCUUACACUAAUAAUGUUUCCUUGUUACCUUCUUUUGGUACGUUCAUAGUUCUGUACAUCACCUUCUUCCAAAAUGAAUCAUGCCUAAUGGCUUCUCUCUCUC